CCAGUGGUCCGCUCCGAAACAGCAGGCAACGGCGGGGCCGGGGUCGCAUGAUGCGACUCGCAUCAGUAGCGCUGCCUCAGUGCACACUGCACAGACUGCAUACAUAAUAUAGUAGUAGCCUAUAAGCAUUCUGCUAUUUUAGUACAAAAAUCGGAGUCAGGCAGUUCGGCGAUUUAGCAUCAUCAGGCUCUAGUUGCGUGACCACGGUGGGAACGGAAUCUGCGUCGCUCACGCGUAUUCAUCUCGACGAGGCACUCCAAUCAUCAUCAGUUGGCCAAGUACAUCACAUCCGAGAAGACAAGUCGAGCGGCCGGACAUACACUGCUCCAAAAUGAAGAAAAGCACGGCGUUGAUUCUUUGUUGCGCUUUGGUCUUGGUGUCAGGUCAACAAAGCGCUGAGAAAACUAUUACAACAGAAAAACCGUCAACAACUACAACUGCUCCAACGACUGUACCCCCAACAACUCCACCAAGUACAACCACUGAACCAACUACAACUACUAGUUCAACUACUCCUUCUACCACUACUACUCCCACCACGACUACAACCCCAAAACCAUCAACUACUACUGUUGCUCCAAGUACUACCACAGUUGCACCUCCUCCACCAAAAGAGCCAGAAUCGCAUAAAUGGAUUGUUAAUGGAACAGAUAACAAUGUGAUUAUUGUACAGUUGGCUACCCAGUUGGUUAUUACAUACAAUGGCACUGAUAACAAGGCUUGGAGUGUACCAAUUAAUGUUCCAGCUAAUGAAAACAUAACACGAGUAAACGGUACUUUUAGUGUGAAUGAUGAGACAUUGGUGUUGACUUGGAACGCCACUAAGGGUGGAGAAAACGUGGUUUCCUUAAGUUUCAAACGUGACAACAUGACAAAAACAUAUAUUCUUAGCCAUCUUGAAGCUUCAAUUGCUCCAGGAGAAUUACCAAACUCUGGUCUUACUGACCCAUUGAAGCUUGUUCAUGCUCAUGAACACUUCAACACUACCAUUGGAAAUUCUUACCGUUGUCUUAGGUUACAACAUUUUAAUUUGACCAACGGAAAUGUUGAUAAGACACUGGCUGGUGUAGCUAAAGUGACUAAUCUUAGAUUCCAAGCUUUUGAAAAUAAAAAUAAAGGAAGUUUUGGUCUUGCCGAAGAUUGCGCAUUCGACACACCUGAUGUAGUACCCAUAGCAGUGGGUUGUGCAUUAGCAGGUUUAGUGGUGAUUGUGCUGGUUGCAUACCUUAUUAGUCGCAGACGUAGCCAAGCUCGAGGCUACCUUAGCAUGUAAAAAGGAUUUCCAUCUGACGUUUUAUAUAAUUAAACUAAUAUUUCUUUGUGAAAAAUUCUGUAUCCAAAACGUGUUGAUUUUCCACUAAGAACUCAUCUGUUCCGAUUAAACAAAAUCGUUUAAGUCGUGAAUAUAAGAUUUGUCAAAAUAUUAUUAAUCUUUUGUAAUGAUAUCAAAGCCAUAUAAUUAUAAGCCUUUUUUAUAUCUAAUUAAAUAGGCGUUUUAGUUCCGGUUAGAAAAGACGAAAAUUCGGUAACAUUUUAGUGCUAAAAGACAUGUCAGUAAAAAUUUAAAAAUUCGUUACAAAAAGCAGGGCUUAGAUUAAUUUGUUGAUAUUAGUAAAUAUUGUGUUAUCUUAAAAUAAAUUUUUUUAUUCUCCUAAUAUAGUUAUGUCAAAAUGUAGAUAAAAUUUAUAUUCUACAAUUUAAAAGCUAAACAACUUUAAAAAAACUCAACUAUUCACGUAAUAAGGCUCCCACUUUUUAGAAGAUGCAUUUCCAAAUAUUAUUUAGUUAUAAAUGAAAGAUUUGUUUGAUGAUUGAUAUGAAGGAGCACGAAUGUCUGUACUAUGACAUUCGAAAUUUCAAGCAUUGUAAAAAUGCUAUUUACAUUGUAUUUUUUUGUACAACAUUCCCUUCCUCAGUACUAAAGCUUGAUCUAUUUUUAUCUUGAUUCAGUGAUACCAAUUAAUUUCAACAAAUACGAAUGGAAUGUUUCUUUUUCUUCAAAGUUCAUAUUGGUCGAUAUACAUAUAUGAUUAUAUCUAACAUACCUAUGACUUUUGUGAUUUGAUAAAGGCCCAUUUUACCGUACACGGCCUUACGAAUUAAAUUGUGAUAUACUUCGUGCUGCUUCACGAAAGACCGUCAUAAGACUGACAAAAUGGAAGUCGACGAAAACAAAAAUGCGUGAAGUCCUUUGAAAAAGAAAAGAAAAAUCUAUGUAAGCUACUACAUUUUCUUCGAUUAUUAAUGUAUAUGUAAUGCGUUUUGUAGUGUUGGUGCUACAAUACCAGAAAUCAAAUUGAAUUGGCGUUUAUAUAUAUAUAUAUAUAUAUAUAUAUAUAAUAUUAAAUAUAUUAAAUAUAUUAUCACGUUUUUUUUAAAUACUUAUCUCGAUUAAUAAUACAGUCCAGUUAUCUUUUGUAAGUUGCAGAGAAAAGUUUGUGAAAUUUAAUUGAAUUUUGAACUUUCAAAUCGUUAUAAUGUAUGUACCUACUGGAUUCAUAAGCUUAUAAAGAAGUGGAAUUGUAAAUUAAUAAACAAAAACAUGUUAAAAAUCAA